AUGUCUUCAGGUAACCGCGGCGAGCUUACUUUUCGUGUCCGAGUUCAGUUAUUGGUGGACACGGACUGGAGAAAUUAUGUUUGGUUCAAAAGAGGAAAUAAAUCCAUGAAAGAAAUUUCUCUAGGUUUCCAAAUACCUUCCGACUACCGUCUGGUCGAAAUUGUAGGACUGAUGCAAGAGUUGAAAUCCGAAAAGGAUCCAGACUAUGAAUGGCUGGACAGGAUACGUACACCCAAGGCUACUAAUGAGGCACGACAGUCGGCUGUUCGUGACGCUCUCAGAAGUGCAGCGGUGAGCCUCGCUCACAAAGUCAGCAAACUUCAGUGUAAUCUUAUAUGCGGGUUUGUUAGAAUAACUCAAAACUUGUUGUUGUGUUUAUCGAACCUACUUGCAAACAAGACAAAUUGCAGAUAUCAGGAGUAUCUGGAUGUUGAAGGGUCGUCUACGGAUCUUUUCACUGUUAGGGUCUUGGGUACUGCGUUGCGAAUAGAGCAGGGUAAAUAUGCAGGUGUUUGGAAUGACCGUGUGUCUUUUCCAAUCUUGAGUCUUGAUGAAAUACCCGGUAACAGGCAAACCGGCAUUGGUGCUGUUGUAGCAGUUCGAGCUGUGCAUAUUUUGGAGCGAGAUGACGAAGAUCCGGACACUACUAGAAAAAGCUGGUGGAACGAACUUCGCUCUGAAUUGCAUCAACAAGCUGUAGCCAUCGGCUGUAACAUGCCUGAACUUGUAUAUCAUGCAAAUUGCAUCUGCUGGGUGUCAUUAUGUUCAAUUGAAGGUGUGGCAUUGUUGGGAUGUAGUGGAACUGCUGUGGUAAUGGGAAAAGAAGAGGAGGCUACGCUUGUUGUCAGCAAGCCACGUAAUGACUUGGAACAAAACGAGAAAACUAGGGAAAGCCGCGACAAGCGAACUGACUCUUCGGCGCGUCAGCCUAUUCUGUGCUCACGAUUUCAUACGCCGCCACAAGCAGAAAAAACUCCAUUCAAUGCGACGACGCAAAUAUGUUCGAUAUGCAAAUCGGGUUCUGUUACGGAUUUUCUAAUUUCCUCAACGAGUUGUCCUCCCGUGCACUACCUUAUCGGACCUAAAUUAUUCAUACAGGUAUCUGUAACAAAGAAAAUCUCCACUGAUCCAGAUGAAUCGGAAGAUUAUGCUACUGAAGUCAGCAAUGUUCUUCCCUUCGCUGACCAUGAUCUCUUCAACAACCUCUUAGGUGAAGCAAAAUCGCUCAAUCCUAAUGCAAAUGCUGUUUUUGACGUUCACUGCACAUACUCGCUUUCGGAUUCUAUGCUGGUUUCCGUUGUGACAGGUGUACUCGUACGCCUCGCAUGCUUACCGCGUGACGUAGCUGUCUCACCAUCGCUUUCAAAUGUACUAUCAUUCACCAAUCUCCAGCGCUACAAUGAUGCAAGACGCUUUUCCUGGGGAACCGUGAGAGAAGCCAUACGCUUCAAGCCAUCUGUCACUCCAGGCAUCAGCUUAAAAAUUCUCAACUUGAAACCCCCAAACUCCGACCUUGACGAAACAGCGGCUUCCAAAGGUCGCUUGCGACUGAAUAAUUUUGUUGAGAAAAUUCGUCGUCGUCAGUAUGAGAAGGAAUAUGUCAGUCAUGUGGUCUUCGAGAGGCAUUUGAGCGCUUCCAUAGGUCUCCUGGACUCCACCGCUGCUUCAAAUAGCAAUUCGGUUAGCUACAACAGUCCUUUCAAUAAAGUUGCUUUUGUAGUUUUCUAAGC